AUGUCUAUUUCGAGAGUCUUCUUCUCUGACCUGAAGUCCGGCAAAUGCUCCUCCGUCGUCGAGGCCCGGCUCCUACGGUUCUGGGAGGCGAGGAACGUCAAACGCGGUGGCGAGCUGAUGUGGGUCGAUAUGCUACUUAUGGACAUGAAUUCGACUUUGAUCCAAGCUACUAUCAACGUGAAUCGGCUUCCAAGGUUCCGAGAUAGGCUCGCCGCCGGGACGAUGUACUCUGUCUCUUGCUUUGACGUGGCUCGCUGUGCUCAGAACUUCAAGCUUGCGGACUCUUCUUUGAUGAUCCGGUUUAACGAUUCCACCGAGUUUGACGUGUUAUCUGAUCCGGUCUCGCCAAUACAUGCAGAGGGAUUCCGGUUCCGUAACCAGACCGAGUUGGUUGGUUUAGCCAAUACAAACACUCAGCUUCCAGCCACUGAGCUCUCUGAUCUCAAUAUUGACCCUGUAGAUAUUAUUGGUGAAAUCGUGGCGGUGAAGAGCACCGUGUCUGACCCUCCGGAGGACAAGAACAGUGUCAUGGUCACCGUCAAACUAGAAAAUGAUGUGUCUGUCACUCUUAGUCUGUUUGACGCUCAAGCCGUUUCAUUCCACCAGAAGCUUGGAGGCAUGCGUGAUGAUCCUAAAGUGAUUGUUGCCACAAGCAUAAACCCAAAGAUGGUUGGAGGUCGUUUAUUCCUCAACGCGACGUCAGGAACACAUGUUUAUUAUGAUAAGGAGACACAUGCAGGAGAGUCUUUAUUUUACCGAUUGGUGGCUAGAGACACUGGUCUUCCGUCUGCCGCACCUCUCUUGAAGUCUUAUGCGAAGGUUGAGCCUGUGACAAUUGCAGAGCUUAACCAUUUUAUCACUACAGAUCCGCCCCAGCAGGAAAUAGAUUUCUUAUGCACUGCGAGAGUUUCUCGAGUUGAAGCGGACAAAGGGUGGUGCUAUGUUGCGUGUUCUAAGUGCAGCAAGAAAUUGCAACGCACUGUCACUUCUUUCGAAUGUGCACGCUGUAAUAAUCCUCAUGCGGUCGGAUCUUUACGGGCAAGUGAGGCGGUCCAGUUACUGGCUGAAGAAGGAGUGAACCCUGAGGAUUCCGUGAUGCCUCCGUUCGUUGCAGGAAUGGAAGGCAAGACCUACACUUUCCAAGUCCGUGUCACGCCCUACAACUUCACCGUCAACCACCAGACGUUCACCGUGUCGCGUAUCAUCAAUGAGGUUGAGCGUGCACCAGCUCCAGAAUUUGUCGAUGAUGAAGGUGAUGACAAUGAUGAUGAUGAUGCGCCAGACGGGCCUAACAACCGUGAGAAGUCUGGUUCCGGCAAGGGCAAUUGUGAAUCAUCAAAGAGGGCUGGAAAGGAGCCAGUCAGUAAUGUGCGUAAGAGGGCGCGUAUUGCUUAA